AUGUCAUCGCUCGAGCUCCUCGCGUGGGCCCUGCUGAUCCUUGUCCUCCUGCGCGCGCUCGUGUCCCUCGAGCAAAUCUACAGCCUGCUCCGGCCGGACGCGCCAUCGCCGCCGCCGCUCAGCGGCGUCCCUCGCGUGCUGCUGCGCAAGGCGGCGCUGACGCUCAAGGGCGCGGUCUACCUGGUGCUGUCGCGCGACAAGGUGCGCCUCAUCUUUGUGAGGCACGGCGAGUCGGUCUGGAACUUGGUCUUCAAUCGAGGCUUUGGCCCCUCCUUCCUGCACGAGCUGCUCCUCGUGCCCGUGGACGACUCCGCCUUCCUCGACUCGCCCCUCUCGCCGCUAGGGCUGCAGCAGUGCGGGCAGCUCGCGAUCUUCACUACGAACUAG